AUGUCGAAAGCAAUCCUCUCAAUUCAGUCGAACGACGCCGAUAAGAACAACAAAGCAGUCGCCAACCUGCUGCCAUGUCGAAUCCACCACGAUGGACCUAUUGGUGAUGCCAAUACCUUUUGGAACCCCAUCCAGUCAGAAGCGUACUUCCGUGGCAGGAAACUUCACGGAACGACUGUCAGGCUGCCGGAACAAUACCGAGGCGUUGUAAUGGAAAAGAGCGACAAGGUCGAGACCCAGCAAAUCGAGGGCGAGGGAGAAGAGGCGGAGGGCGAUCUAGUUGAGCUGGGUACCAUGGACGUCAAGGCCGAGUUUGACGAGAUGGUCAUCUGGGGCCACGAGUCGAGCGCCGAGGCGGCGUCGGAUCCUUACGUGAGGAGUAUUGAGGAAUGGCUGACUGUGGCCGAAUCGAUACACUCAUACCCUUCUCCGGAGACCAAGACUGGCGCAUAG